UCCGGGCCGCGUUCAUAAUCCAGACAAAACGAGUCAAGGAUUCUCCACGUUACCAUCGUAUUUGGCAAUUGCUGUGCUGUACCUGGAGAUGUUGUGUUUGUAAAAUAAAACUUAUAGCAUAAUGUUAUCCUUCAAAUCUAUUCUGAAGAAAUCUCAAGUUCUCAAGGGACAGUUGCCGGUUAUUAACAAGCUUUGUACAUUUCAACAGAAACAAGCUAGUUCCGCAGAUCACUUAGCGAAAUAUGGACAGGGUGGCAGAAAUUCAUUCAAUGGUAUUGUAGCUACCGUAUUUGGUGCCACUGGGUAUCUUGGAAGAUAUGUAGUAAAUAGACUUGCCCGUAGUGGAGCACAAGUUAUUGUUGCGUAUCGUGGAGUAGAAGAUGAUUUCCGGCAUUUGCGUGUAAUGGGCGAAAUUGGACAGAUCAACUUUCUCCAUUUCGAUCUUAAGGAUUAUGAAUCAAUCUUAAAAGCAAUGUCACAUUCGAACACUGUAAUCAAUUUAAUAAGCAGAAAUUAUUCAACUCGCAUGCCGUGGCCAUCAUCGGGAGAGAUCCCAAUGCUGGUAAAAAAUAUUUCCACAAUAUCUUCAAAUAUUUCGAAUGGUGAUUUCUGUUUGGUGCUCAUUUAUCAUGCAUUUUUCCACAGCUUUGUUGCACAUACCUUCGGUCUUGAAUAUACCUGGAACAUACUCGAGCAUCCAUGGGUUCUUUUCAACGGCUUUAGCACACAACACUUGGGUCUUGAAUUGAUCUGGAACAUAUUUGAGGCAACAGGGAUCCUCCUCAACUACCUUAUUGCACAUUUACUGAGUCAUGAGAUGAUUAAGAACAGCCGCGUUAAUGUAGGGGUCAUAUUCAACAACUCUACUACACAUGUCCUGCAUCUUGAAUCGAACUGGAACAACCACGAUCAUACGAGGUUUCUCUUUAACGACCCUGCUACACAUUUCCUGGGUCUUGAAUCGAUCUGGAACAUAUUGGAGCACAUGGCACAUGGGAAUCCCCUUGAACGGCUCCGAUACAGAUUUCUUGGGUCUUGAAUUGAUCCGGAACAUAUGUGAGUAUAUAGGGCUUUUCCUCAACUGCUUUAUUGCACAUUUCCUGUGUCUUAAAUUUAUCUAAUAUAACCAUAACACAUAAGGAUUAUCUUCAAUAACAGCUCUGAUGCUAAUGACGGUAGACCUAAAGAGGCUAUGUGCUUCAUGCAAUUCUAAGACAUUCAUUUAUUUAUUUAUUUUUUUUUUUUUUUUAGAUAGACAGAAAAUUUUGAAUUAGGGGAUUUCCCUUAAGGUAAUUUCCUCUUAAGGUAGGUUUCCAUACGACUGCAUUUUCCGCUCCAUCGGAAAAAUCUUGAGAGCUUUUCCCACAAGCAUGCGCAAUGAAGUAGAAUGACCGCAGACUUGACGUAAAAAGAUGCUCCCGAGCUUUUCUCAAAAAGUUGAACUCAUUCAACUUUUUCAGCGCGUAUUUUUUCUCUCGAGCUUUUUAACGAAAAUUCAAGAAAAUGAAAUUCAAGAAAAUGUAAACAAUUGUGCAAUCCAUUUUAUGCAGGAAAAAUAUAAAAAACAAUUUCUUCUGCACUUCUUUAUUCACAAAAUAAAAACACCUUUUAAAAAAGUGUUUGGUGUUAAGUACAGCAGAGACCUGUUAGCAUUGAAUUUGUGAACAAAAGUUAUGGAUUCACAAAUUCUUUUCAAAUCUUCCUAAAGGCGAUUUUCCACUAGGCGGUCUAAAACGCGCUGAGCGUAGGCGGCUAUUGUUUUAAAACAAUAGACGCUUGUAAAUCCGCUUCGAAUGUUUUUUAUGAUUUCCACUGGUUAAAAGCAACAAAAAGAGCGUGUAAACUUUUAAACGACAAAAAAUUGUAAACAUGAACGUUUCUACGUAGAGAAUUAUUGCUGUUUAAGAAAAUAAAUCUUCUCAAACUAUUGUUGUUGCUGAAUGAAAAAAAAGAAAACAAAACAAAGAAGUAUGCAAAACGGUUUUAACGGUAUCAAGAAGGAAAACUAAAAGGAGAAUUCAAUCUUCUCGUUCAAGAUAUGAAAUUGUAUGACAGUCAACUUUUUUUUCACCCAAUAAACUUGAAACUCUUUUAUCUUUGGUUGCGCCCUUAAUUACGAAAAGCGAAACAAAGAUGAGAGAGCCGAUAAGUGCAAAUGAAAGGCCUUAUGUCACGAUGAGAUAUCUAGUCACAGGUGAUGUUUUUGAUGGCUAUCGCAAAAAGUUGUUUAUAUCACGUGGCCUUGGAGCAGUUUAAUUGGAUAGCGCUAUGAAAACGCACGUAAAAGUCGAAGCAGAGUCGAUUAUUUUCUAAUUCGCCGCGCUCAACCGAAAAUAACCUUAUUUAUUUUCUUUUUUUUUUUGUGACAGGGAAGACUCAAAGAACUUUGAGUAGUGUCAUCUUAGUUAGGAACCGUGUGCUAUCGGUUGUCAUAACACAAUAUAAUACAUCUACAUCUCCUACGUAAAUUACAACCACUAAUUUACAUUCGAAACGUUUCCGAAAUCGUGGCUAAGCCGGAUGCGAAAAAACCAAAUCUAUGGGGAAACAUAUCCUUAGACCCCAGUGCUACAGCCACUAACCCUCCAAGGUUAAGGGUAUCAUUAAAAAAUUACACUGUUAUUAACAACAACAUAAACUAUUAAAAAUUAAAGUGCUUAUCUUAUAGGUAAUCAAACAGUUUUAACGUGUACGGUUCAAGAACUAAUUGACAUUUGAGCGCUUCCAUGCCUUGAACGUGCCUUUAAACACUUAAAAAACCACGUGACCGGCCUUGGCCAUACAUACGAAAAUAAAUUCAACUUUUGAAACCGCGCUGAGCGGACCGCUUUUAGCGGGUUUGGGUCUGAAAAAACAAUAGCCGCCACGCUCAGCGCGUUCUGGAACGCCUAGUGGAAAUUCGGCUUAACAACCACAAAAAUCAACUGCUUGUUGGGGGCCAUUGGAAGUUAAAUUCAUAAACUAACAAUAAAUAAUACCUUUCCCCUUUUUCAUGAAGAAGUCUUUCUUAGUUGCUGUUUCCUGUUAUGUUUUCUUUUAAUUCGCUGCCAUAAAAAGAGUGUUGUUAUUUUUUUUAAAUUUCGUAGCCAAAGGUUUUUCUGUUUCCGGCAGCCAUUUUAUUCUAAACAUCUUUUCUCUCAGGCGGGAAAUUGAUUUCCAUUAAGUUUAAACUCAAGAGAAAAAUGCUCCCGAGCUUUCUACGCUCGAGCGGAAAAUGCAGUCGUAUGGAAACCUACCUUUACUCAACAUGAUGACGUCGUCGAAUUAUGUCGGAUGCCGGCGGAUUUGUCGGAUUUUUUUUUUUUGGAACUUGUUCCGCGUUGCUGCGCAUGCGCGAAUUUUACUCAUUUGCUGGAUGAUACAGUUGUGUCGCUACAGAUUUUUAAGGAUGUGAAAGGAGCAUUGCUUGAGUAAGGGUUUUGCUCAACGUGACUCCUCGUUGUGUAUAUAAUCACUCCCUACUCUAGCUGCGUCUCAUAACCAUUAGACCAACAGGGCUUGAAUGUAAAUACAAAACUUUCAGGUAAAAUAAACCACACGGCGCUGUCCACACGGCGCUUAAGUACAGGUAUGCAGUAUGUCGUAAAUCAAGGGUAGCAACAUUAACGUGUUUCGGGUGAAUAUAUUUUUCAAAUGCAACUUUACCUAAAAUAAAAAUACAGUUCACAUGUUCUGCUUCUGUAUAGAAAACAGUCGGAAAACUUUUUUAUUUUUCACAAAAUUUUCCUGGUCAAAAAUGAAUUUUAAUCCAGGGUGAGCGCUUAUUACAGAUAAACAAUGCCGUACAACCAUAUAGGUUUAAUAGCCUUAGUCAUUAUGCCCUGUUUUAAAAAACUAUCCUAACUUCUGUUUAAAUAAAAAUACUGGAAAGAGCCCGUUGUUACACUGUCCAGCUAAAAAAAUCACUCAGCAAUUUUAUUUUAUAGAAUAAGUUUUCAUAACAGUAAUAAAAGGUGUAGCAGUAUUCCAUGGACCAGUGAUAUAUUUUUUUAGAACGUGGUGCAUUUAUUAGGAAUUAUUCUCACAUUAUAUAUAGCUACAAUCGUCCACAAAAAUAUGGCUUCCACCCCCUCUAUGACAUUCAAUGUUAAAAAGUGCCCAUGGUGUCCGAGCUGGCAGUGCAGACGAUAACACAUGACCAACUUAACCUCUAUAAAACAUUGAAUAACAACAUAACUCAUGGGUUAGCUAGUUAGCUAUGGAGCUUAACGCUAACAUUAACUACAGCAGCUAAGACACACAGUUUAAUAUAGGUAAACUUGGGAGACGUAUACAGCUAGGCAGCUGUUUAUGCGUAGUAAACCACAUAUAAAGAGAACAAUAGUAAUGUAAAAAUUAUGAAGUUGCAGAGUUCACCAAACCAAAAUUUUUUUUGUUUUGGUAGCCAGCUAACAGCCUAGUGUAUCAUUUUAAAUUUUAGGUAAAAAACAUUAGUUACGCACCAGGGGUCACUUUAAUUAUGCAAAAAAAUGAAAACUAAUACGCUAGCUUUUUUAUUUUAUAAAAAACUCGGUAGAAUAUAAAACUUUAAGAAUUUGAAGCUUUAAUGACUAUUUUCUGAGAAUGCGAUUUUCCUUGACAAUUUUAAGUGUGCUACAUAAAAAAGUAGCACGUAGCUGUAGCGACAUAGAAACCGAAUGUCAAAUAACAAAGUUCUUACUUUUUAUAGAAUUCCAAUUCACUUCAAACUCCAGCCUUCAAACUCCAGCCUUCAAACUCCAGCCUUCAUUACUACUUCCAGCUCCACUCUUUGCUUCCGAAGUAACUUUUCGUGGCUUUCAACUUCACUUUUCUACUUCUAAUUCUUCACUUGGACUUUUUCACUGUUUGCACUUUUUUGAAAAUGAAGGGACUGUUUUUUUUUGUGUGUUUGAAAGUCAGCUGUUAAAAUUUAUUCAGCAAAUUGAAUUUUGAGUCGUUUUAAUCGCGUGACAUAAAGUAAACCCGCGGUGUUAAUUCUGGCAAAAUAGACAUAUUUUAUCGGCGACUUCAAGAAAAUUUGGGCGACUUUAAAGAAUAGUGAACAAACCCACUUUGCCUGUCACAGACACACAGACACAGUCGGAAUAUUAUAAGAGAUAAGGCCUGUGAAAAAAUCCACUUAGGCAGGAGAACAAUGGAAAAGAAAACCAUCACUUGAAAGUUUCGGAAAUUUGUAUACCCGUUACCUCUAAUGUGCAGAGGUUAAAACGCUGAUCAAAAUAAUGUAGAGAAUCAUGUGCUUUUGACGAACGACUAAGGAGAUCUGAGGGUUUUAAACUUUUGCUGACGUCAGCAAAGACCCACCAAAGUACUAAAAAAAAUUUAUAAAUUUGAUUCACAGUUACUUCCAACUUCCAUGGUAUAGACCUUAAAACGCUGAUCAAGAAAAUUAUAGGAUCAUGUUUUUUUAACGAACGUUUGAAGAGAUAUUGGGCUAGGGUUUUUGUUUGGUAAAUUACAGAACAAUUUUAUAGGUGAUGUUUUAAAGAUUCUGUUUAAGAAGAUUAUGAAAAAUAUAAUCAACUUGGCAAAUUUCACAUUAUAAAAGAAACUUUAUCUUAUAAUUUUUUAAACAAAUAUAUGGAUUUCAUUACAACCUUUCAUAAUUUUGAGCCAAAUUUUAUAUUAUGAUAAAGUGCAGGGGUAGUAGGCCUAUACGUGCGAUAGGGAUAUGUGCAAAUAUUAAUAUGCUAAAGAAGCGAAGUUUGAUAAUUUUUUUUUGGAAAUUCCCUAGCAAGAAUUUCAUGUAAAAUAAGCGCUCUUAAAAAUGUCAAAAUGAUUUUAAAUUACGAAACGGUCAGCGCGUGCAAAAAUGCUCUUUAAUAUCGCGCAAUAUUGAGCACUUCAGUGCGUGCGCCUUGAACCGACUUGCUAAAAGAUAAAAGUGGACUUUCGGCUAAUACGCGUGAAGAUUAGUACAAAUAAAGAGGUUGAUUAACAUCGUAUUAGCAUUUAGUAUUAUAUUCACACGAGAAUAAUUCUUUUAUAUUAUAAUUUUUAAAAGCAUGUGUCUCUUUAUUUU